AUGUUAGAUAAGAAAGCCGACAAAACUUAUGUAGAUGAAAAUUAUGCAAAGAAGUCGGAAGUAAAUGCUGCGCUUAAUGGAAAAGCCGAUAAAGAGCACGUGCAUGAAGAAUUUCAAACAAUCAAGAUUAAAGAAAUUAAGGCAUGCAUCGAAAUAGUAACAAAAACAGGAAGAGACGGUGCAACUGUACAAGAACAAAGAAUUUAUCCUCCUACUUUUCCUAAUGGUUUAAUAACAAACAAUAUAAAUAUUGUAGAAGGCAAUAAAACUAUAAACGUUAAACAUGAACUUCUAACAAUGAAGGCCCAGAUUCUUGAAACCAUAUAUCCUAUAGGCUCUAUUUAUACGUCAAUGAACUCAACAAAUCCGGCAAGUGUUUUAGGUUUUGGUACGUGGGAACAGAUUGUAGAUAAAUUCCUCUAUUGUGCGAACUCUUCAAAGCAAACAGGUGGUUCGAAGAAAAUUAAAGAAGCAAACCUUCCACCGCACACUCAUACAGGAACUACAAACACAACAGGUA